AAAAGAUGGAAGCGAGAUUAGAAAAAAUAAGAGAAGACACCAAAGUAAAUAAACAAAAUAACAACAACAACAAUAAUAAUAAUAAUAACAAUAAUAAUAAUAAUAAUAAUGAUGAUGAUGAUGACGAUGUAUUUUAUGAUGCACUUGACACAUUCGAUUCAUCUCAAGAAUUAUCACUUGCAUCUAGUGCUUCUCCUCCUUUAGAGGACACACAAAUGAAGGAAAUUAAUAAAUAG